AUGCCUCGAGGACGAGUGGCGUCAUCAGGUGCAGCUGGUGGUGGUAAUGGUGGAAGAAAGCGCAAAAACGAAGACGGAGGAAACACACCGAAGCGUCCCAAGAAGACGGACGAGAAGGAGAAUUCGUCGAGAACGACGACUCCAUCCACCUCGACGUCUUCACCAUCGGAAUCUGGAAGUCCUCUGAAUGUCUCGACGCUUUCUCAACCAAUCGUCAACUAUCACAGUACGAGUCGACGAAAGAUCACGAAGCCAGUGAAGCUGGAGAACAUUGAUAAGACUUUCAACACUUGCACUGAUGAACACGAGAUCGUUGAACACUACUCGAAGAACAAAGAGAGCGAAGCACGUCGGUUCUUGAUGAGAAAUGUGAUGAGAGGGAGUCUUGUGGUCGAGAAAAAGGCGAAAUGCAAGAGAAGAGAAAUGACGCAUCUGGAGGAGAUUGUCAAGGAGUUGGAAGAAGAGAUGAUGAAAGAGAAGGAUCUUCAUGAUUUGUGUUGCAUCAACAUCAAUCAAGUCAAGUGUUGGAACACACAAUCGGAUACGGAGAAUUGGGCCACCGACCACGCUUCUGUCCAAACCUUUGUGCUCAUCGUCGAUGACAACGAUCAAGUGAGCGUAAUCGAUACAGGACUGUCGAGUGUCUCUCUGGCAACCACGUCGCUCAAGGAGACCAUUUCAUGCGACAAUUGGAAGAACGUGAAGGCGACGAGUGCCGAGAUAAACAAUGCCAAACACAUUUAUUAUGCGGUUGUUGCUAGAAGAAUGACAGAUAAACAAGUGGCGAAGAGAGGAGCGUCCAGAAAGCCCAUCACCACUGACAACACGCACAUCUCCGACCCAUCAACACUGAAUCAAAUGGUAUCGGCCGGAUGUAUUCGAAUGUACGAGAAGGGACGUCCGAAUCGAAUGGACAACGGAAUGAGCAGAGUCAUUCUUGUCGAGAAGGAAGAUAGCCCAGUGUUGGAAGUCGCCCUGAGCACUGAUUGGAUGUUGAAUCCACGUCAUCUCGAGACCCUCCAUGAAGUCAAUGUUACCAAGCAGGAUUCGCACCUUCCACGUAUCGUAUUCUACUCGAACUCGCCGAAAAUGGGUGAAACUAUCUUGGCGACGACUCCAUCGACACCAGUGAAAAAGCCAGAAUCACCACGUUCGUUGUGGUUCAAAGGUCCAAAUGGAUUGUUAACGUGCGAAUUCGUGUCAAGCCAACAACAACCGGGUACCUCGACAGGCGAACGACCAAAAGAUGAGCUCAACUGGUUGGCGAAGGAUGAAGAUGAAGCGCACGCGAACCGUCGUGUGAAAUCUAGAUUCCCGUGUUACUCGCUUUAUAACGGAUAUUUCUAUGGCGAUACGGCGUAUUUCACGGACAAUUCCACCAGAUACUACGACGAUUUCUGUUUGUAUCGUCGCUCACGGGAUCGUGGAAUUGUUGCGGGCAGACGGGCGACCGGUAGAGUGGACACUACCGCCAGAAAUGUUGGUGUCAGAAGACGUCAGGUCUUCGGAUUGGAUUUUGUGACUUCUGGCGCUGGAAACUAUUUCGAGUCGGUGAUCUACCAGCCGCGACGGGACCACGAGGCAAUCCCGCCCAUAUUUUAUGAGGCGCCGGUGAGAAAAGCAGGAAAGAAAUCGACGAAACCGGUGAUCGUACUGUCGCCGAGACCGAACAAGGAAUCGUAUCCGAAUAACAACGCGAAACUCUUCACUGAACUCCAUUUCCAGGAUACCAUGACGUACGACAUUCCCGAAGAACUGCGCGUUGGCACAUCCGACAUGGCAGUUGUGAAGAUCAAACCGACUGAAAACUUUAUAAAAGUCUGGAAUCACAAGCUUGAACAUCAACCGGUGAUCAGAAAGUCGAAGAAGAAUAAGAAGAAGAUCGUCGUCGUUCCACCACGUAGACCGAAUCCGGAGAAUCGUCCCGAUGACUCCGAUAGAGAUUUGGAUGGACGCAAGAUUCCGACGUUCUCUCAAAUGUUCUUCCCAAGUGGAAAGACGGAGAUUUAUGAUAUGAUGCUUCGCUUCUACCUAUCGAUGACGGGAAUUCGCCCUGGAUCAUUCUCCGCAGACUUCAAGUCGAGACUUUUGGCCGGCUUCAUCUCCGAGUACUCGGAUUACGUAUUCCAGUACAAUCUCGGUGACAUGUUCGAGAAACAAGUCCAACUGAUCGGUCUGUAUACUUUGGACUGGAAGAAGCAUCACUACGACUUGCCACGUGACAAAUUCUUCGAAUUGAAGGCCGAAUGGGAGCAGAAACAACAGCCAAAACUAUAG